CACAGAGACGCAUUCUUUAAAAAUCCAUCUGAGGUUAUACAGCAGCUAUAUGAAAAACACGGUUUAGACUCAAUUGAGGAUAAGCUUAUCGAUGAAUUCAACAAUUUAGUAAACUUACCAACAGAUAUUGAUUCUAUACCUGAAUUAGAAUCAGCAGAUUUUGGUACAUUAGUUAGAUGGACUGCUAUGGUACAGGAUACAGGUUAUGGUACUGAAAUGUAUAUUAGCACGUCAUCCAACGAUAAAUGUUUAGUUUAUGGUGCUAAUCAAAAUGAGGAUGUACAAUUUGAUAAUGAUCAAGACGAUUUCUCAAGAAUACGCGAAAGAACUAACAUCUAUGCGGUUGAAAUACCUGGAAACAAUAAUGAGAGUAAACCGAUAAAGGAGGACCUUCUAGGCGGACCUUCACAUAAGUUCCCUUUACAAGAUCGUAAUAAUAAACUAGGUGUCCUUUUGAAGUUGUACGAUAACGAUUCAGGUGGUUCGUUACGACCAGCUACAGUUUAUGAAUUCGUUGGUAUACUUGGUAAAUCUGCACUUCCACGUACAUUAGAUAGUAUAGAAGAGGAUAACGUACAGGAAACUAUCGUACCAUCUUUACAUGUACUUUAUUCGCAGCAGGUAGACAACAAACCAUCAUCAGUUGUAGUAGAAAAAGAUGUUGGAGAACAUAUAAUCACUUGGUUAGCUGACGAAGUUCUCGGUGGUGAUAAAUUAGCUGCUCAUUAUUUGUUAUUAUCUUUGGUAUCAAAAACACAGUCACGUAAGGCUGGUUCACCGAUAGGUACUCUACCAAUAACGUUAUCAUUACCUGAGAAUGAAAACACGUCAGAACUAAAAAUCGUUAAAGCAAUUGAAGCACUCACAAAUCUCUCAGUUUAUCUAGCUUUAUCAAUUGACAAACUCAAUGAGAGAAGGUUAUAUCCACAUUCUAAUGGUGACGAUCUAAACUCAGGUAGUUUACAAGUUUCUCCUUCAACUUGCUUGAUAUUUGAUGAAAGACACCUCGGUCAAGGCACUUUGAAAGAUACAGGUGUUAGAAAUGUACAUUCAAUCCAGAAUGUAAUCCAAUCACAAAAACUUGAAUACAAUUUUCCAUUCUCCGCUUUUCCGUUUGAAACUGACUUGAUUACUGUUAUUUUAACAGAUCAUUCAAAGUCAAUUAUACCAGGUACAAUUCACAUAAAUGUAAAACCAACUAGUGAUAACUAUUAUGGUGAAUUGAGUAUACCAAAACACAUAAAAUUAUGGAAAGAGUUCAUUCUUCAAUCACGCCAAAAGCAAGUAACUAUACCUGAUGAAGUUUCUUCAAUCAUACAACAAUCUUUCGUUGAUGAACGUCAAGCACAUAAACAAAAUGGAGGUACUGGUGAAGGUACAUCUUCAGAUGACCUUGGUAGAAGAAUUACGAUGGCAAGAUUAUUAACUAGUUUAGAUGAUGGUGAAAGUAAUACUAUGAAUAAUGAUCACUGGAAUCUUAUCACAAAGUUGGAGAAAGAAAGAGAAGAAAGAUGUUAA